AUGGCACCCGUCGCCGUCUCCCCACAGGCCACCCCCGUCUUCCCCAAGCGGGAUGGCCAGGCCCUCGAGGACCUCUCCGACGCCAUCGACGAGGUCAAUGUCCUCAAGGACAUGAAGAAGCGUGAGGCUGAGAAACUCGCCGAAGACAAGGGUCUUUACGAGGAGUCCGAGUUCGACAAGGAGAAGGACAAGACCAACUUCCGUCAAUACGAAGAUGCUUGCGACCGCGUCAAGAACUUUUACAAGGAGCAGCACACCAAGCAGACCGUCGCCUACAACCUCAAGGCCCGCCACGAUUUCCACAGCAAGACCCGCGCCGAGAUGACUGUCUGGGAAGCCAUGGAGAAGCUCAACACCCUGAUCGACGAGUCCGACCCCGACACCAGCCUGUCCCAGAUCGAGCACCUGCUCCAGUCCGCCGAGGCCAUCCGCCGCGACGGCAAGCCCCGCUGGAUGCAGCUGACCGGUCUCAUCCACGACCUUGGCAAGCUGCUCUUCUUCUUCGGUGCCGACGGCCAGUGGGAUGUUGUCGGUGACACUUUCCCCGUCGGUUGCGGCUUCGAUGAGAAGAUCAUCUACGGACGUGACUCUUUCGUUGACAACGAGGACUACGGUCACAAGAUCUACGAUACUAAGUACGGUAUCUACAGCCCUGGCUGCGGUCUCGAUAAGGUCAUGCUCUCCUGGGGCCACGACGAGUACCUCUACCACAUUGCCAAGGAGCAGUCUACCCUCCCCGAUGAGGCUCUCGCUAUGAUUCGCUACCACUCCUUCUACCCAUGGCACAACCAGGGUGCCUACCACGAGUUCAUGAACGAUCAUGACCGUGAUAUGCUCCGCGCUGUUAAGGCUUUCAACCCAUAUGAUCUGUACAGCAAGAGCGAUGGAAUCCCCAGUAUCACUGAGCUCAAGCCUUACUACAUGGAGCUCAUCAAUGAGUACUUCCCCACCAAGGUCCUCCGCUGGUAG